UUGUAGGGGACACAUUUCACUCAUGCAAUAAGAAGAAAGAAUAUAUUACAUAUUAUUAAUACUCUCCAUGUCUAUAUAUAGCUAGGCAUGGUUGUUGGUUACUGACUUCAAGCUACACAACUUAAAAGUGUUUGGGAAAUAUGAAGCCUACUUUUGCUUUUACUGCUAUGUUCCUGCUUAUUGCGUUUGCUUUCAACGUGGAAGCUACAAGAGAGCUGCGACAAGAAGAAUUUUCUUUCGAGAAGUUUGAGCCAGUACCGGGCAACCUUUUAUAUGGUUAUCAGUACAGAACUGUUGAUGGUGCGAAAGAAAAAUCUUCUUUCGACAAGUUUGAGCCAGUGCCAGGCAACCUUUUAUAUGGUUAUCAGUAUAGAACUACUGAUGGUCCGAAAGAAAAAUCUUCUCUCGAAAAUAAUGUUUUAAGGCUACGUAGCAUGGAUGCGGAUAAUAACUCUUCAUUUAUCGAGUUUUUUACCUUAAAUGAUCUCAAGUUGGGUAACCGAUUGAGUAUCGAUCUUCCACCUUUAAACCUGUCAAUGUUUCCUCGUUUAUUGUCUAAAAAACAAGCUGACUUAAUUCCAUUCUCAUCCAAAAAACUCCCAUAUCUUCUUAAUUUCUUUAGCUUUUCACCACAAUCUCCUCAAGGAAAAGCAGUUCAACUUGCCCUAAAACAUUGCGAGGCAGAACCUAUUACAGGAGAAACCAAGUUUUGUGCUACCUCAUUCGAGUCCAUGCUUGAUAAUGUUCGUAGCAUGCUUGGAUCGGAUACCAAAUUUAAAGCUAUCACAUCCACUCAUCUUACAAGAUCCAAAACCACCUUGCAAAAAUACACAGUAAUUCGACCACUUGAAGAAAUAAAAACUCCGAAGAUGAUCGGAUGUCAUCCCGUGUCGUAUCCCUACACAAUUUUUCACUGCCAUAGCGAUGUUAAUACGAAAGGUUUCAAAGUGUCACUUAGUGGUGAAAAUGGAGAUAGAAUUGAAGCUAUUGUAGUUUGUCAUAUGGAUACCUCUGAAUGGAGUGAUGAUCAUCGCUCAUUUUAUCAGAUUGGAUCUAAACCAGGAUUAACUGAAGUCUGCCACUUUUUUCCAUCUCAUCAUAUGCUGUGGAUUCCAACCCAACUUGCCUGACUAUGUUAACUUGUUUAUGAUGCAGCUUAUGUGUUGUGCUUCCUGUGCCAAGUGUUGUUCUUACUUAAAAUAAAAGUACUUUAUGUAUGAAUAAUGGCACAAGUGUUUGUAAUGUUUCUUUGAUGUACUUUUUUUAACUUUAUGUAUGAAUAAUGUUACUAAUUUCUAUAA